CCUGAACACUAAGGUGUUGCCUAGGACGCGUUGUCAUAGCAUGCACUUUUUUUUAAAACAAUCGUUGGCAAUCACAUUUACCGGUAGUCAGUCUUACCCUGGGGUUGCCUCAGCAUUUUCAGGUUUGACUCUAGGAGGACACGUGAGACAGAGCAAGUAAAUAGUGCUGUACAGACAUCAAAAAAUUAAUACCAACUUGGUUGCGGAAGAGAACAAACGCUAGCAGAAAGGCCAGACAUCGCAGAAAUAACCAUGUGUGCUGAUCUGACAGUAAUGCUUUUGGGAAAAACUGGCCACGGCAAAAGUUCCACGGGUAACAGUAUCUUGGGUGAAGAGGUAUUUGAUGUAUCCGAUUCCUCCCAAUCGUACACGAAGGUAGUGAGGCGAGGGACCAACCGAAUCGACUGCCGUCAAAUAAGUGUCAUUGAUACGCCUGGGCUCUACGACACGCACGAUUUCGACCCCACCACAGAAAUUUCCAAAACGACAGAGUACAUCCGGGUCGGCUUCAACAUGAGCUUGCACAACCGUGUGGACGCCUUCCUGCUUGUGUUGCCUUAUGGGACAAGACACACCAACGAGGAAGCAGCGGCAGUCAGGGCGUUAGAACGUACCUCUUUAGACCGAAAGCUGUGGGAUCGAUGUAUUGUUGUCUUCACGUCUGGCAGCGACUUUCUGUUGUUCAGACGGAAAUUCCGCCGCCCGAUAACGUUCAUGGACUGGUGCAUGAACCAGGGAGGUAGCCUCGGGGAGCUACUUCAAAGAGUCGAAUACAGAUGUCUGCUCUUUGAGAACUUGAGAAGUACAGAUAUUCAAGAACGUGAGCAGAGGCAAAAUCUCUUUCGAGAAGUUGACUACAUCAGACGCCACUGUGGAACGUUCACCAAAUCUGACUUCGAGAAAGUUAUCAACAAGAGCAAAUCGUUCUUUUCAAGAAUAAAAAGCGCCUGCACCAUUCUCUGAAAGGGAACUCGGUUGUUAUUUUUAAAAUGUCAAAUACAAUGUUUAUCCUUUUCUUUUCUUUUUUUUUUCUUUUGGUGCUUUUUAUAGUGCGAUCAAGUGUGCAUAGUUUUUCCAGAGACACUGGCCUGAUUGUGAGCAAUGCUUACAAAUAACAAUUAUGAAUCAUUGCUACCUCUUGUCCGAGUCGCUGCACAUUCCCUCAUCGCACAAAGCCUGUUUGCCUUCCAUCUUGGGACCGACUACCCCCCCCCCCUCCCCCAACCAUUAAAACCAUUUGUCUAUACC